UGCGUCUUUGGAGUGCAGUUUCUCACCUUCCUGGUGAUGGGAUUUGAUUCAGAAGGUGGAGCCAAAACCCAUGUGUCACAUCAGCGUGAAACUGACGAGAGCGGAGCGCAGAGCAACGACUCGAGUGGGACUAAAGUUUGACUAAAAGCAUUUCUCAAAAUUUUCAAACGAUCUUACACUCUCUUAGUGCUUUUUAAGUUAAAAAGUACAAGUCAUGGAAACAAUUUCCUCGAAGUGACUGAACGAUACGAACGCAAUCUGGAAAACAGAAGAUGGAAAUUCUGCAGGUGUUGGGCAUAUACUUGCUGUGGGUUCUAAAUGGUGCUACCUCUCAGUCAGUGUGUGCGGGCACGGAAAACAAGCUGAGUUCGCUCUCUGGCCAGGAGCAGCAAUACCAGCAGCUGCAGAAGAUGUAUACUGACUGUGAGAUAGUAAUGGGCAACUUGGAGAUCACUAACAUUGAUGCCAAUCGAAACCUCACCUUCCUCAAGUCGAUCCGGGAGGUUACUGGUUACCUGCUCGUGGCACUGAAUCAGUUUGAGUAUCUUCCUCUGGAAAACCUGCGAAUUAUCCGCGGUACAACACUCUAUGAUGACAAGUAUGCACUAUCAGUGAUCCUCAACUACCGGAAAGACGGAAUUCAAGGGCUGAAGCAGCUUGGCUUUAAACAUCUGACAGAGAUUCUGGUGGGAGGUGUAUAUCUGGAAUCCAACAAGUUUCUGUGCCACACAGAGUCCAUUGAUUGGGCUGACAUCCUACACAACCCAAAGGAGAGAAUGGACUUCAAUGAGACAAAGGAUGCCAUCAAAGGCUGCUCCCAGUGUCAUCCAUCUUGUAAAGGACAUUGUUGGGGCCCUGGUGAGGUUGACUGUCAGAACUUGACUAAGUCAGUGUGUGCUCCUCAGUGCAAUGGCCGAUGCUUCGGACAACACAACCCCAGCGAGUGCUGCCAUAGCGAGUGUGCUGGUGGGUGCUCUGGCCCCAAAGAUACCAACUGCUUUGCAUGCAAACGCUUCAAUGACAGCAACUCUUGUGUUCCAGUCUGUCCACAACCAUUAAUUUACAAUAAACAGUCCUAUCAGCUGGAGCGCAACCCUGACACCAAGUACAUGUAUGGAUCUUUCUGCGUAAAGAGCUGCCCUGCAAACUUCAUCGUGGACCAGAGCUCAUGUGUCCGUAUCUGCCCCAGUGGCAAGACGGAGGUUGAGAAAAAUGGGGUAAAGAUGUGCGAGCCGUGUGAUGGCCUGUGCCCAAAAGCAUGUGAAGGGACUGGGGCUGGCAACCAAUACCAGACUGUGGAUUCAAAAAACAUCGACAAGUUCAUCAACUGCACAAAGAUCACCGGCAACCUUGACUUUCUCAUCACCGGGAUCGAAGGGGACCCAUACCACAAAACUGCACGUCUGAAUCCAGAAAAACUGAAGGUAUUUCAAACUGUUCAGGAGAUAACAGGUUACUUGAAUAUUCAGUCCUGGCCAGAAAGCCUGAAGAAUUUCAGUGUCUUUUCCAAUCUGACUACUAUUGGAGGAAGGACACUCUACAACCGCGGCUUGUCUUUGAUGAUCAUGAAGCUGCAGAACGUGACGUCUCUUGGAUUUCAAUCCCUGAAGGAAAUUGGCGCUGGGCAGGUGUAUGUGGCCUACAAUAAGCAGCUCUGCUACUACAACACCCUGAACUGGACAGCACUGUACCGCCCGAAGACUCCCGCCCCUCCCCCCAUCAUCAAGGAAAACAAGCAGGGGAGAAUCUGCAAGGCUGAAGAGAAGGUGUGUGAUCCCCUGUGUUCCAGUGAUGGUUGUUGGGGGCCAGGCCCCAGCCAAUGUUUGUCCUGUGCCUUCUAUAGUCGUGGUGGAACCUGUGUGAGAAGCUGCCAUUUCCAGGAGGGAGCCCAGCGAGAGUAUGCUGAUGGCUCCACCUGUAUGCCAUGUCACCCAGAGUGCAAGAAGAUCAAGGGAGGACCCACCUGCAAUGGAACGGGACCUGCUCACUGCUUUCAAUGUGCUCAUUACAAAGAUGGACCCAACUGUGUGCAGAAAUGUCCCGAAGGAAUCCAAGGAGAGAGAGGUCUCAUCUUCAAAUAUCCAGACAAGAACAAAGAGUGCAAACCUUGCCAUGAGAACUGCACACAGGGGUGUAAGGGUCCUACUGGGCUGGAUUGCUCUCGCUAUCCUUGGAUGGCCCCCAUCAAAGCAUUACACAAUAGACAAAUCCCUCAGAUUGUGGCAGCAGUUGUUGGAGGGCUGCUGGCUGUAAUGUUUGUGGUGCUGCUGGCUGUCGUUUACUGGAGAAGGCAGAUCAUUCGGAAAAAGAGGGCAAUGCGGCGAUACCUGGAGACGGAGCUGCUUGAUCCCCUUGAUCCCAGUGCCGACUCACCCAAUCAGGUAAACACACGGAUUCUGAAAGAGACAGAACUGCGGAAAAUAAAGGUGCUGGGGUCUGGAGUAUUUGGAACAGUGUACAAGGGUCUCUGGAUUCCUGAAGGUGAGUCUGUAAAGAUUCCAGUGGCCAUCAAGGUCUUACAGGAAGGACAUUGCUCUGAGACCUCAAGGACUGUGAAUGAGGAUAUGUUGAUGGUGGGCAGUUUGGAUCACCAUCAUGUUCUGCGGCUUCUUGGAAUCUGCCCUGGAGCACCACUCCAGAUAGUCACACAGCUCCUGCCACUUGGCUCUCUCCUUGAGUACCUCCACAAAAACAAGGAAAAUAUCCAGUCCCAAAUGCUUCUCAACUGGUGUGUUCAGAUCGCCAAGGGUAUGAGAUACCUGGAGGAGAAGAAGAUGAUUCAUCGGAACCUGGCUGCCAGAAAUGUACUGGUGAAGUCCCCUAGCCACGUUCAGAUCACGGAUUUUGGCGUCACCAACCUCUUGGCGUUAGAUGAGAAAAAGUAUUUCUUCGAUGAAGUUAAGAUGCCCAUUAAAUGGAUGGCACUAGAGAGCAUCCACUUUAGAAGAUACACCCACCAAAGUGAUGUGUGGAGUUAUGGCGUCACCAUAUGGGAGCUGAUGACAUUUGGCAGUAAACCAUAUGAGGGCAUUGCUGUUCGUGAAAUCCCCGGUCUCUUGGAGAAAGGUGAACGCUUACCGCAGCCUCAGAUCUGUACCAUUGAUGUCUACAUGGUGAUGGUGAAAUGCUGGAUGAUUGACGAAGACAGUCGCCCUACAUUCAAAGAACUUGGUGCAGAGUUUUCUCGAAUGGCCCGGGAUCCAGAUAGAUAUUUGGUUCUUGAGCGCGAUGAGAGAGCCAACAACACCUAUGUUAGUGACCAAAGGACCUUGCAUGAAUAUGAGGAAGACCUCGUGGAUUAUGAUGAGCUGGAUGAGGAUUUGAUGGGGACCACACUGGAUAACCCACCAUCUGGUGGAGGAAGACCGAGGAUUGAAUCGAGCAGAAGCAAUAGUUUGCCAGCUGGGUACAUGCCAAUGAAUGGGAUUGGUCCAGAUGGAUCUCGGCAGACUGGGAUGAAGAAUGGAGACCUGGGAUCAAAGCGCUCACUGAGGACACGGAAUGAAUCCACAACUCGGACUAUCUCGGAGUCGUCAGAGGGUCGAGGGACAGCAUCCUCGCUUGAUCUGUAUGAAGAGAUAUCCUUGAAUGGAACACUACAGCUCCGUGGCCACCGCUCCCGAGACAGCAGUGCACGUUUCUCCAAUGGCACAAACAUGAUGAUUUCCCCAUCUGAUGAAGCAGAGGUGGACAUUAAUGGAUAUGUGAUGCCAGAACAAAAAAACACCACAGCUGAGAACCUGAAACCUGCCAACGAUGUAGAUCCCUUGAGCACUAAAGCCAGUGACGUGAACACUAUCCAGUCACCUGAGAAUCAGAAGGAAUCAGACUCGAAACCAAGUGAUCACCAGGAAUAUGAGUACAUGAACAAACGAGCCUACCUCAAUGGCUAUGUGAGCGUUGUGCAGAACCCAGAAUACCUGGAUGAGAGCACUGUGUUUGUUAAUGAGGGUGACAUUCAUGCCUUUGAUAAUCCAGACUACUGGCACCACAGUCUGCCAGCAAAGUUAGAAAUAAAAAGGACAUAGAACCCUGAAGUUGAUCCUCUAUCUAGAUAACUGGCAACUCAACAACAAGCAAAGAGUUGAUUUCUGAACUUUGGAAGGUGUGGGGAGGGUUGGGGUACAGUGAGAAUUCACAAUCAGAAGACUGACAAUCUAAUUGGAGGAAAUGACUGGUUUACUGAUGUCUUUGUGUGUCAGUCAUGAUAAAUACAUAGAAACACAAACAUACACAUGCACACACAGAAUGAAGCACUCUCAUCUCCUGCCACUGAGGUUCAAUACAAAGGAGGGAGGGGAUGUUUUAAUACCUUGCCUAUUCAGCAGAAACUGCUUUGUGUUCUUUCGAAGCAAAAUACAAGAGGAGCCUAGACAUCUUGAAUGGAAGUGAUCCCUGGCCCUUGAUAAUAACCAGUUAAUGAUGCUGUACCUUGCAGAACAUGCAGUUUUAGUAUGGAAAUGCAAGAUAUUUUGGGAAGGAGGCAGACUAGGAAAAACAGAAAACUAGGAGUGCAAAAGCCAUUGCCUUUAUAGAUUACAUCUUUGGACUUUGAUUCCAAUGGUAUAUUGUUUAUUAUACAGCUGAAGAAUUGUCACUGUUCAUUGUGCUAAUGAACAAGGUGAAAAGGGGGUCAGUGAUUCAGAUAGUGUUUUCAAGUGGGCAGAAUGAAGUAUAAUUUUAUUUUCCCUUCACAAGAUUUGCUCUUACAUGAGACACUUGAAGAUUGACUGGCCUGUUCAUUUAGCUCAGUAGGGAAUGGUAACAAUUUGGUUUUUAAGGCAGCUAAAGGGCUAUGCUAAGAGGUUAAUGCCUAGAAAUUGGGCAUCAAUGUUAUUUCUGUAAUUACUUGUGGAAUUGUCUUGUGAUGUUUUAAAGUGCUCCGAUCUGAAAUAUAAUUCCUCAUGAUCUUUGGUUACCACAUCCACAGAGAGGAGUUAAAAGAACUUGGCUGAGGCACUACCAUAUGCGGGGUGGGGGAGAGUAAAACAUCAGGAGGCAGUUCUGGGACAGAGAGAAACAUAAUUCAUGCCAAAAAUUAUGGAGGGGGAUGGGAUAGAAAGAACGAUCUUCCCCUCAAUGCUAAUUUCCAGUAGUAGCUUUGCUCAACUACCAUUCAGGAUAGUUUCUGACCGGAAAAGGCUGAGCCUUUUCAUUAGCAAUGCAAAGCUGGAAGGAGGAGCAUGUUUUCAGGGAAGGUUCAAACAAACAUUACAAUAAAAUAUUCUGAAAGUGAAGGAUACUAAAAGAGAAAGGAGAUCUGGGUCAAUGGAAUCCAGAAGAAAUGGUUCUUUUGCCAGAUUUGCGAAGAGUUAUGGUGCUUUGAGUAAUGAUGAACCAAAAAUUAGCCUAAGUGACCACAAAAUAAAUGCCUGGAACAUUCAGACAGCACUCCAUGGUAUAUCGUGGGUGGGCAGAAGUUCAAAUCUGCAUCUUCAAUUGCUUACUUUGAUCUCUGAAAUAUUUCAAUAGGUUUGGGCAAUUUUUGUAAUUCUAUGAACUUCAGUUUGGAAAAAUUGGAUGUACUCCUUCAAUUAUGUUCUAUUUGAGCACUGUGUUUCUAAAUAACCCAUUAAUAGAAGCCUUCAUGGUAUCGAAUUGUGCAAUGGCUUCACUACCUCUACUUCCCCAUCCCACCAACCAAACAAAACAUUCUUUACUUUUGCAGUUAAUACCACGAGGAAGUGUAGUGAGAGAAAUUCUUUGUUUUAUCUGUAUAUAAAUGCCAAGCUGGGAUACUUGAACAUAAUAAUGUGUGAUCAGUGCUUUGACUAAUUAACUCUGAUGGGUACAAAAGAUCGCAAGGCAUUGAUCUGAGGACCUAUUGUGGGUAUUUGUAGAAUUUCAUGAAUUAAGUUCUAUACUGUAUUUUGUUUUCUUGCUUUUCUCAAAUGAAGCAGCAGUGAUGAGUUUAUGAGCCAAAUAAUGUCAGACUCCUUUUGGUGUUACUUUGAUACAGAUUCCCUGAAAAAUUCAGUGAUCAAAUUUAGUACAUAUCUAUUAGUUUGAUAUAAUUUUUGUAUGUAUUUACAUUUAUCCCUUUUUGUUCAUGCUAUGGGAUAUGGUUUCCUCUGGUAUAUACACUAAUGUUUGUGUGUAAAAGGGGUGAUUAUUUAUAGACUUCUACAGCUUAUUCUGUUCUUGUCUUGUGUCUUGCAUACUUUUAUCAGCAUGGUUGGGUGUGGGUGGGACGUGGGGAGAGACGGGUGGCAGGAAGGGGUCCCCACACAAUGGAAAUAAGCACUGAUAAACCUGACGUGUCCUUCUCCACUUGCCAGUCCAGAGCUGCUGGUGCCCUUGCUGAGAACAGCUAACUCAGAUUUAGCUCUUGUGGCCUGUGUUUUAACAAAAUGUGCCUUUAUCCACUAAAAAACCCUUUUGUUAACCAUUUCUCCUCCCAUUCUUUCCUGAAAGUGCUUAAUGUUGGUUGAGGGAUCAAGGGCCAAGUUAACAGGAGCUUGAAUUCCUCAGCAACCCACUCAAGUCUCUAUUUUUCAUGUGUGAGGACUGAUAUGUGGGGUGAUGGGGGAGUGGGCAUUGUACCUGCAAGUCAUGUGGCCUAGAAAUUCUUUGCAUAAUGUUUGUGCACCACACUGUCUCAAAGUGUGCAACAUCCCAAAUUAUACUGUGCAAGCCUUACUCACCGAAGCAGGUCUUAAAUGGAGGGUUGGGGCAUUCUUCAGCUGUAAGACUGACCUGACCUAGCUACUGCUGGGGAGUCUAAAGUAUCUACCUUCCUCCAGGUUGGUGCCUUUUCUUUGAUGGUGAUUGCUACCUUCCCACUAUCACCCACCAAUCCCUUGCCCCUUGUUGCUAAACCCCAGCAUCUCUCUGAUCAACACCAAUCAGUGCACUGAUAUUUCCUGGAUUCUCACAUAAAGAAAAGCUGAAUAAAAGGCAACUAGACCUGUACCCCAAGACUGGCUGGGCCUUCAGAGGGGAAAAAAAUUGGAGAAGGGAAAACUAUUUUCUUUUUUAAAAGAAUGCAUUUACUUUGUUGCUGCUUAAGUACUGUAACAAGUUUCAGAGGGGUGUUUCAUGUUGAAUUAACCCCAUGAUUACUUCAAACCAAUCAAUCUGUCUCUUAAAGUACUCAAAUUCUAAUAUCUACAGGACUGACAUAUUUUCAUUUUCUGACACUACAGUGCUUAAUAUAUUAUGUUGACUGGAAUGAAGAAACAGUGGUAAAGUAAAACUUUUAAUUUUCUAUUUUUUAAAGAUUUAUCAGGAUUAAUGUGAUUCUGUUUUACAAAAUAUGAGCUUAUGACCGAAGACAUGCUGAGUAUUAAAAACAAAGAUGAUUGUAGUGUAAAAUAGGGGAGACGCUAUUAGAUAUUGCUUCAUGUAUAGUUUCUUAAUUGAUGCUGUGUACUUAGUGCUGUUUUUAUGGAAUCUUGGGGAACUGGUUGGAAGCUGUACAGCCCCUUGUGUAAAAUUAAAAUAAAUAUUUGUAUA